UUACAUUUUCACUUAGGUACAGCAUUUUUACUCCAUCAUCUCAUUCAGACAAACAGAAGUAUUAAUAGGCUAUAUAACACAUAUCUAGGCUCCACACACACUCACAUACUCAAUGUGCUGCACUCUAAACACACUGAUACACACACCCAAUCCCUAUUCUUUUCUACACAGUGGCAGGAAGUGAUCCAGAUAUCCGCAGUGCUUCUGAAAAAGAAAGAGAGCCUGGGGGGUGGGGUGUGUGCAGGGGUAGGCUAUAUACAAGCUUUCACACGGUUCCAUACAGCUUAGAAACAGAGGGGAAAGAAGACAUUAUCAGAGGAGACCCCGACCUGACAGACUGACACUUACACAGACAAACCCCUCUGAGAAACGUUGGACCGGAGGAAUCACAGACACACAGGAUCGGACAUUGUGGCAUCGCGGAGGAAAGUUUUCCUGUGAACUUAUUUAGUAAGGGGACUAAAUAGUGGGGAGGACAAUAGUGGCCCAGACCCCAUCCUUCUGCAUCCCGCACUACACCAUGCUGCUGGCUCUGACCGCUGCUCUGCUGCUCAGCUGUUGGAGAUGGCUGGGUGAAGCUGCUGUCCCCAGUGACCCUUGGGCCCAAUGCCCUUCUGCCAAGACCUGUAAGGCUAAAUUUGCAGAUGGAAUAUGUGACAAAAAAUGUUCAGAGCCAGAGUGUCUGAGAGAUGGGUUUGACUGCCUGGUGAAGAACACAUGCGAUCCACAUUACAAACAGUACUGCCAAGACCACUACGGCAACUCAUACUGCGAGCAGGGGUGUGACAGUGCCCCCUGUGGCUGGGAUGGGAGUGACUGCUUCAACCAGCAAAGCCCUCUCUGGGCAAAUGGCACCUUGAUCCUCCACACUAACAUUCCCAGUCAGGAAGUCCCAAGCCGUAACAGGUCUUUGCUGUGGGCCCUCAGCAUUCUCUUACGAACGGCUCUCAAACUGCGGGGUGUUGCACCAUUCCACUCCAGCCAUAACCUGUACGACCUUGACCCUCAGAAGCUUGCUGAACUGUUGACUCAGGCGUCCACUCAUGAUACCAACGGGUCACUACUGUACCUCCAGGUUGACAACAGGCCAUGUUCCAGGCUCCCCUCUACCUGUUUCCAAUUUUCCACUGAAGCAGCCAACUUCCUGCGAACACUGAUGACAUUGCAGCACACAAUAUAUCCCCCAUUCCCUGAAAUCCAAGCAGUCAUUGCAAUCCGGGGUGUGAGAGAAGAAUUGGGAGAGCGAGAGAAGUACACAGUGGGAGAGAAUGUGAACACUUCUCCUUCGUGGUUAUGGGCAAUGGUUGGGGUGGCAACUGGACUGGGAUUGGCUCUGGCUAUACUAGCUGCUCUGCUGAUUAGACGGGCUCGACGGAGGAGAGAGUCACAGGAGGAGGGACAGAGGGUGCAACACAGAUCUACAGCUACAGACAGUGGCCACCGGGGGCAGGCCUGGGCCCAGCAUACACCACAUCGAGGGGAAAGAAUGAGAGUGGAGAAAGAGAAUGGCAAUAAAGGAAUUGGGAUAAAAAAGAAGAAAAAGGGGAAAGAGAAUGGGAAGAGGCGCAGGGAGCCACUCGGAGAGGAUGCCAUUAGGCUACGCCCCCUCAAAAAGGAAUUGGAUAUAGGAAGUGAUACAGAUAUGACUCAAAGUUCUAUGGAAGACAUCAACGUGAGGAGUUCACAUCGACAGGACAAAUCCAUCUGUGACCACCGGCCCGAGGAGCAGAAGCACUUCCAUGUCACACCCAGCAGCCCACAGUCGCCAACACAGGCUUCACCGGGAGGAUGGGAGAGAAACACCAGCCCUCCAAACCACAGGACACACAACAAUACUGCUCCAGUUCAGUGGUGUGGUCCAGAUGGAUCUGUGGUCCUGAUUCGGGCAGUCAGGAGUGGUCUCGACCGAGUGGUUCUGGAAUUGCUGCGUGCCGGGGUGCCGGUCAACAACACGGACCACACUGCACCUCUGCUCCCCCCUUCUGAUUCAGAACAGAGUUAAUGUGCUGUAGUGCCCAGUCAGUGUGAAUGUACUGUAUUAACCUCACCUGCUUAUCUCUCUCUCCUUUCUCCCUCUGUCCUUGUGGGCUGACUCACCUUUCAUUCAUUCCCCUCCCCUGCGUUGUCAUUCUCUCUUUCUUUCCCAUUCCAUUUUUCCUGGCACUCACCCUUUUCUCACCAUCCUACUCUUACUGUUGCCCUCACAAUUUGACAUACUCUCUCCAUCUUUUCUUCUUCCUACUUAUUUUGCCCACCUUCUCACAUUGCUUCUUUGUUUGACAUGUAUCUUCCAACCCUGUUUCUUUUCUCCCACCUCACCCUUCCAUCUUGACCUCCCCCAUUUUUCAUUUGUGCCCAUCUACUUUCCACACCCCCCACCCCCACCCACCC